CUGCAGAUCUGAGUAAAGCUUGCAUGAGAUUUUCCACUGCCGGCCAGACUUCCUCCGAGUCAGCACAGCAUAAAAACAAACGGCCCACCGGUGUUCAUCCAUUCGUGCCAAAGAGUGCCGACCUCGCUCAGGCCUCGUUCGUCUCAGGCCUCGUUUGUCUCUGCUCGGCCAGCCGCUGCCGCAGGGCCCCUUUGAUUCCAGGAUGUGGGGUCCCACCCUUCUGCUUGUCGCCUUGCUCCCGGUCUUGGAGGCUACCGGCUACCCGGAUGAAACGCUGGACUCUCAGUGGGAGCUCUGGAAGAGAACCCACAGGAAGGAGUAUAACGGCAAGAUGGAAGAGGUCUCCCGGAGGCUCGUAUGGGAGAAAAACCUUAAGUACAUCAACACCCACAACCUGGAAUUCUCUCUGGGCAGACACACCUUCGAACUGGCCAUGAACCACCUGGGAGAUAUGACCAGCGAGGAGGUCGUGCGGAGGAUGACGGGGCUCAGGCGCCCCGCGUCUCGCAAGCCCAGCAACGACACCCUCUUCGUCCCGGACUGGGAGGAGCGUGCACCCCCCUCCAUCGAUUACCGGAAGAAGGGCUAUGUUACGCCCGUCAAGAACCAGGGCCAGUGUGGUUCCUGCUGGGCUUUUAGCUCGGUCGGGGCCUUGGAAGGGCAGCUCAAGAAGAAGACCGGGAAGCUGCUGAAUCUCAGCCCGCAGAACCUGGUCGACUGUGUCACCGACAAUGACGGCUGCGGAGGGGGCUACAUGACGAACGCCUUUGAGUAUGUGAAGGAGAACCGAGGCAUCGAUUCGGACGAUUCCUAUCCAUACAUCGGCCAGGACGAAAGCUGCAUGUACAACCCCACAGGGAAGGCCGCCAAGUGCCGGGGUUUCAGGGAGAUCCCCGAAGGGGAUGAGAGGGCCCUGAAGAGAGCUGUGGCCCGGAUCGGGCCCGUGGCCGUGGGCAUCGACGCCAGCUUGUCCUCCUUCCAGUUCUACAGCCGAGGUGUGUAUUAUGAUGAGAACUGCAAUCCGGAAAACGUCAACCACGCUGUCCUAGCCGUGGGUUAUGGGACCCAGAAAGGCACCAAACACUGGAUCAUCAAAAACAGCUGGGGAGAAGACUGGGGAGAUAAGGGCUACAUCCUCAUGGCCCGGAAUAUGGACAACGCCUGUGGAAUUGCCAACCUGGCCAGCUUCCCCAAGAUGUGACCCCGCUCCCCUCCACCGCACCGGGACUUUCGUCGGCAACAGCUGGAUUUCUGUGCUGACCUUGCGGAGCACUAAUAAAGGUCUGCCAUGACAGCCGUCCUCCUCCCGAGGCGGCCCGGAUCACCGAUUAAAA